AUGGAUGUAUCUAUACUAGAAUCAUAUUAUGAGGAAAACAGCAAUUUUUCAAGUGAAGUAGUAUCAGAUGAAGAAUCUGAUAUAUCUGAACAAACUGAAGAUUCAAAAAAAAUACCUAUUAUUCAAAUUAAAUACCCAUCUGUUUAUUAUAAACCACUAACGUUUAUUAAAGUAACAUAUAGAAAAGAAGAUACUGCAGAAAUGUUUCAUCCUUCAACUAACAUAAAGAAAUUUGACCCUGACUGCGAUAAAUAUAUUAUUAAAGAAAUUAACUAUAGAGAUGUUAUAUUAGAUAAUACUGAUUCAGAAAGAGUGCGAAGUCGCAAGACUAUAGAUACAUAUUUAAGAGAUAUUUACAAUAAACCAUGUUCUUCAAAAGCAGUUACAGAGUUUUCAGGCUAUUAUACCAAAGUUAAAUCUAGCAAUCCUAUUGAUUUUACAAAUGGAAAAUUUGAAAUUUUUCAGGCUUCUGAAGUUUCUGCAACUGAUAUUAGUUUGUAUUCAUCAAAACAGUUACAAGAAUUCAAAGCCAAAUAUAGGAAAGUUCGCCACAUAAAAUGUAGCAUUCCUCAAUAUUAUGCACAUAGUGACAUUCAUCUGUAUCCAAAAUUUUAUUUCGGAGCCUGUGAUCAAAUAAAAUAUCAGGUGUUUUGCAGAAUGCCAUUUGCAGAAUAUUAUAUCAAACAUUGUAAAUUAAAUACUCAUAAAUGUAGAUGUGAAAAAGCAUUUAAAGAAAUGAUUAAAAAUAAAACUCCCAUGUAUGGAAAGGAUACUAAAUUUAAUGUUAAUAUUUAUGAUGAUAAUUUAAUAGAUGAUAGUACUGUUCUUGAAAGUGAUAUAUCAUCUAAAGAUUAUUUUUAUGGCGAUUAUUAA